AGCAAAAUUAAUUUAUAUAAAACGUAAGUAAAUCCUUCUCCAGAGACUAUUCUUUUGUUUUUGUUUUAAUUACAAUUCUUUGUUUCAUCUAUUAAAAACAUUUUAGUGUAUGGUAUGCAAACAUCUAGAACGGCAACUGUUUUUCCUCCCAAAUAUAGCCCUACACUCAUUAUCCAGCACAAUAUAUUAAUUAAUCCUUGUUCUCCCCUCCUUAUUUGUGAAUACUCUUUAAUGACAUUCAUACUAGAAUGUUUCUGCACUAUCUGUCCUUGCCCUGUACCACAGUGACUUCAGUUAGUGAGAACGAGUUCUGUGUGAUGGAGAGGGUCAUGCAGGGGUAAAAAAAGAAUAGGAUGUGCAAAGGUGAACGUUUACAAAGGCGAAUAGCUUGUUAAAUGCAUAGUUUAGACGAAUCUGCCAGAAAAGAGACGAUGAAUGCUAAAACUGCAGCAGCGUCAUUAGUUAAAACAAAACCCUUGACACGCUGUCCUUCGGGAGGAAACACGACGCUUCAUAAACUAAAUCCUCUAAAUCAGGUAGAGAAACCAUGUACCAAAGGCGGCGGCGGCCGAGAGGUUCCGACUUUGAUUUCCAGCGCUCCCGCCAACACAGGCAGAGAUCGGCGGUGGUCGAGGGGGCGGAGCUAACGUCACUUCCUGCUGCGAUCGAGCGAGUCUUCCAGGGCACUAUGACCACUGGUGCACAGCGACGGGGGCGGUGGCGGCCCGGAGUCGGGGUAGGAGUAGUCGUGACUAGUUGUAAGCAUCCUCAUUGUGUCCUCCUGGGGAAGAGAAAAGGGUCGUUUGGAGCCGGCAGUUUCCAACUUCCUGGGGGUCAUCUGGAGUUCGGUGAAAGCUGGGAAGAAUGUGCUAAAAGGGAAACCUUGGAAGAAGCAGCUCUUCACCUGAAAAAUGUUCGCUUUGCCUCGGUUGUGAAUUCUUUCAUUGAGAAAGAGAACUACCAUUACGUCACUAUAUUAAUGAAAGGAGAGGUGGACUUGACUUAUGAUUCAGAACCAAAGAACAUAGAGCCUGAAAAAAAUGAAAGUUGGGAGUGGAUUCCCUGGGAAGAAUUCCCUCCAGGGGACCAGCUUUUCUGGGCACUACGUUGUUUAAAGGAACAAGGCUAUGAUCCUUUUAGAGAAGAGUUGGAUCAUCUGGUAGGAUACAAAGGAAAUCAUCUCUAGAUGACCAAGAGGACUCCUCAGUUUUUAAAAGGCAAAGUUUUAGCUAGAGAAUUAAAAUCACCUAUAUUUCAGAAUUCCUCAGUUCUAUUUGAUUGCUGCUUUAUUUCAGUUUCUUAAAUACCCACCAUUUUUUCAGCUAGUAAUUGUGAAAAAUAUUGGGUUUGUGUCAUGGAAUUGUAUUUCAGCCAUAGCUUAUGUGAUAAAUGGUGAUACUGUGUAAAUCUGCUUUCCAUGUUUAUAUAAGAUCUAUGGUGUGCAUUUUGUCGUUACUAGCUUGCACGGAGUAGGGUCCAAUAGAAUUUGUCUUAGCAUUUCAGUCCAAGUAGAGAUCUGUCAUAGAUUGAAUUGUGUCCUGUAAAAAUAUGUGUUAACUUAGUUAGGCCAUGAUUCCCAGUAUUGUGUGGUUGUCCUCCAUUUUGUGAUUGUAAUUUUAUGUUAAAGAGGA